AUGUUUCUGAAACACAUCGACCUCACUACCGCACUACGGCCCUCUUAUCUCCCUGAUGAGGUGCUUCUCUUUGUCCAGGACAACGUUGGUUUGUAUGAGGGCAAAUUCAAGCUUCCCAAUCAGCAGAAUGGACAGGUUUACUUGACUUCACAUCGAGUUUGUUAUGUUGAUAAGAAAGAACCUCGAACACAUUCGGUGGCGUUGGACCUGAAAGAUGUGGAGCGCUAUGAGUUCUAUGCCGGCUUUCUCAAGUCAUCGGCCAAGGUGACUCUGAUACCAAAGCCACCCAAACGAUCAUAUCACAAUCGUGGCAUAUCAAAUGCAUCAAUCUCACAAAGGAACGGAUCCCCUGCGCAUUCUGAAUCUGGGUACCGAGCACCUCCUGAGCCUCCAACUGUGACGAGUGCGACCUGGGUCUGCACAAUAUGCAGUUUCUCAAAUCCAGUUCCAUCCAACUUCGACCCAACCUCUGCCAAUGCGCAUACGCCUCUGCCUCCUUGUUUAGCUUGCGGUAUCAAACCCACUUUGGCUCAUGUUUUGAAAGCUGCAAUCUCUGGUGCGAGUAACCGUUCAGCUGCCACGCCGUCUUUAGAUUCACCGCUUCCGCUACGACCAGGUCAGUCUGGUACACGACCUCUUUCGGAGAAUCUGGAUCAAUCACCGAACUCCAGCCAACCUGAUGUUUCCAAUGGCUCGAAAUCAUCUGCAUCCUUCCAGUGUCCUCGUUGCACUUUCAGCAAUCACCCCUCUCUGAUGACAUGCGAAAUGUGCGGGGCGUCUCUGAUAUCCGAGAAUGUCCCAUCACCCAUUCAGCAAAGCUCAGCAGCCGACACAGUUAGGAUCGACUCUCCAGGCCCUGUCCUUGACCAGAGCAAGAGCAACAAAAACGGAAGUGAUACCCCUGAAUGCGUCAAGCUCUCCUUCAGGAAGGGAGGCGAGAAGAUCUUCUUUGAGCGGCUAAAAGGUUCGAUGACACAGCGCAAAUGGCUACUCCGAGAUGCUCCCCCAGCUCCGAAUAGUCGAGCUGCGGACGAAGGACCAAAUGAUGGAGCCAGUGGUAGUUCAGGUGGGCGAACGAAGGGCGUCGGUAUUGCUGGACUAGAACAGCUGGGUCUUAGCAUGCGCAAGAACAACGAGCUGCUCAUUGGCAGCGCUUUUGAGGAUUUGGAGGCCCUUAUGUCAUCUGCUAAGGAGGUGAUUGCUCUUGCAGAACGGUUCGCGCGACAAACAAACAAUGGUCAAGGUAAUGCUUCAGCCGAAGAGAAUGCCAUCUUGGCAGAGUCGGCAAGCCAACUUGGACUGGUCACAACAAAGGACAUCGUGGGUGGUGGUGGUUCCGAGUCCCUAUAUCUGUCAGAACUGGCAAGGAACUUAGCUGAAUUUCUGACUGAUGACUCGAGAGGUGUGCUCAAAAAGGCGGGCGGCAUUAUCACUCUUGUUGAUUUAUGGGCCAUGUUCAACAGAGCUCGAGGCGGCGUCGAGCUUGUCAGCCCUGCAGAUUUCGAAAAGGCGGCCAGGCUUUGGAGCAAGCUUAAGCUGCCUGUCCGCCUGCGCACUUUCCGCAGUGGUGUCAUGGUUGUCCAGAGUCGUGAACGUACCGACGGAACUACUGUAAGAGCUAUACUCGCAUGGUUGCGAGAUCUUCACGAGUUCCCACCGGAUCGUGAGGUGGCUUGGGACUGGCAGCAGUUUGGUCGUGGAGUGACUGCCCAAGAAGCCGCUGAGCGCUUCGGCUGGAGUCUCGGUGUUGCAGAAGAAGAACUGCUGAUGGCUGAGGAGCGCGGGGAGUUGUGCCGUGAAGAGGGAUUAGAGGGACUCAAGUUCUGGGUGAACUAUAUCAACGAGGGUGAGCAUAAGAAACACAGGACCCAAGCCCAGAAGGACAAUGAUGAAGUCAUGAAGGCGUUGAAAGCAAGCGGGCUUUUAUAG